AAACGGUUAUAUCGGCUAAUUUUCUAAGUCAUUUUUAAUUAACCACAAUCUGUUACGAGUACGGAAUGAAUAGAGAAUACAAACAGUUUCUUAUCCUAGGAGGUGGAAUAAACGGUCUUUCAUGUGCAAUGCGUUUAUCAGAUGCAUUUCCGAAUGCACUCAUACAAAUAGUAGCGGAAGAGUUUAGUCCAAACACAACAAGUGACAUCGCGGCAGGCUUGUGGGGACCAUAUCUUUUAGGGCAAAAUGACGAUCAAAUAUAUAGGACGUGGGCACAGGAUACACAUGACUAUUUUCAUAGCUUGUGGUUAGGCGGACUAGCGGAUCAAUGUGGAAUAUGUUUGGUUCCCGUUUUAGAGAUUUCCGGGCAUCAUGAACCAACUCCAUGGUGGCAUGAUAUUGUAUUCGGGUUUGAGAGAGUUUCACUCGAAUCACUACAGCAGCUAACGAACGAGCAUAAGCCAAUUGAAGAUUACGCGACAGGAUUUGCUUAUACCACAUUCACGUGUGAGCCUACAAAACUGAUGAAUUAUUAUUGCCACGUGUUAAUGAUACGAAGAAAUGUGUCUUUCCACAAGAAGAAACUGUCGACGAUGAAAUGUUUGGAUAGUUUGGACAUCGACGAAAGUACGCUAAUUAUCAAUUGUUUCGGUUUAGGUGCCAAGGCGUUUUUACGCGAUCUCAACCUGACAGCGAUACGCGGCCAAGUGCAAAAAAUUGAAACACCUGGAAUAUUCCACUCUUUUGCCAACGAUUACUGCUACAUUAUACCCAACACAGAUUCGAUAACAUUAGGCGGAACGAAACAGAAAAGUACUGAUACCAGAGUGUGCCCAUUAGAUCGUAGCUCAAUUAGAAAAAACUGCGAAAUGAUUGUACCAUCAUUACAACACGCAACUCUCGUCAGAGAUGUGGUUGGCUUACGACCGUUGAGAUCAACCGGUGUACGCUUACAAAUGGAUUUCUAUCAUGGGCUCUCUGGAAGAAAACCAAUUGUACACAACUAUGGACACGGCGGUGCCGGUAUUUCACUUGCCUGGGGAUGUGCAGGAGCAGUGGUGCAGCUGGUGCAGCAAUGGGAUGAUAAUUCCGGUGAUGCUCGAUCUAAGCUUUAGAUCCGACAAUCUGACAAAGAAGUUGUGUGA